AUGACGUACGACUUGGAAAACCGAUCCCAGCAAUUGCCAGAGGAAGAUAUGGGCCCAACCACGAAAAUGCCCGUGAGCAGAACUGACAGCAUUGACUCCAUUUCUGGCGAAAUCAACCCCCCUCCGUACGAAUACCAUUCGUCCGAAGAACUUGAUAAACUCAGCAAUUGCUUGAGCGAGGUAUCAAAUGAUUCUUGUAAAGACGCCAACAGCUCACUUUUCUACGAUGUGCUUCAAGCUCAACUUGCUCUGUGGACCUGCAUCUUCUCAAUUCUAUAUUCUUAUGCCUGGGGACAACAUCGGAAAAAAUUCCUCAUAAGCAUCUUUUUUGUUAUACCGACUGUUUUUAUGAUCUGCUGUGGUAUUUCAACUCUUCUCACAACUAUAGUUGUCCUGGGACGUUUAUUCAGUGCUCCUGUAACCUAUAAAGACUUUUUAAAAGUUGACGAACGCCGAGGACCAGACGGCAAAUUGUACCGCCAACGUUCCUAUUCAGGAGCAUCAUCAGAUGUAUACGUCGAGGACUAUCUGCCAAAGCCUCUGUGUCGUCGUCACUCAUCUAGUCAUGGAAGUCUGUGUUCAAGACCACCAAGUGUCAAUCGCAAGCUGAGCUAUUGUCUGCCUCAUACGAAUGCUCCAGACGACGAUUGA